UAAGAAAAUUUUUUCAAAAAAAUAAUGGAAAAUUUAAUUUUUCUCUCAUAAAAAUUAAUUUGUACGUUGAAAUUCGAUCUUAUGAAUCACCUGUCGCGAGUAAACUUUGUCCAAACAUAAUCUGAGAAAAAGCUCAAAGUUUUUCAUCGUCACAAAACGUCUGAAUGUUUUCCUAAAACCUUAUCAGUAUCAUCUCUCAUUGUGCAAUAAACCGACAGUCGUUUACGAAACGUAAUACCGAAUAAAUAAACUUUGACAUCUCAUAAAACGAGUAAUAAAUUAACAAAUUUACUAGAAAGAUAACAUUAGCGAAUACAAAUUCCAAAAUUCCGUACUGAAAUCGUGCAUCACAUUCGCCACAAUACUGAUUCAUUUCCUCAGUUCGUUGUUACUCUUUGGUGUUAAAAAAUGUUCAAAAGAAUCGUGCUUCCUCAAGUGAUAUGUAAAAUGAAACACUACUCGACAAACUACGCCAGCAGCUUGACAGAUAUGAAACUGGAUAUUCUCAACGGCGCCAAUUCAGGUAUUUUCGUCCUUUCUUUCAACAGACCCUCGGUGAAAAAUGCAGUGAACAGGAACAUGAUCAAAGAAUUCUCUCAAGCUUUGGAUCACAUAAGCUUCGAUAAAGCUGCCAAAGUUCUCAUCGUACGUAGUCAAACGCCAGGCAUAUUCUGCGCCGGAGCCGAUUUAAAAGAAAGGACCACUCUGUCACCCUCAGAAACAUACCAAACCGUUUGUAAAUUCCGAGCUCUAACUCAACAAAUCGAAUCAACGCCUAUUCCAGUGAUUGCUGCCUUAGAUGGAUCUGCACUCGGAGGUGGGUUCGAAAUAGCUCUAGCUUGUGAUAUAAGAGUCGCUGCCAAUAACGCCAAGUUCGGUUUAGUCGAGACUAAAUUGGCUAUUAUUCCUGGUGCCGGAGGUACCCAAAGAUUGCCGAGGAUUGUCGGUCCAUCCAUAGCUAAAGAAUUAAUUUUCACUGGACGAGUUAUCGAUGCGGAUACAGCGAAGAGUUACGGUGUAUUGAAUCAUGUAGUCGAACAAGAUGCCUCGAACAGUGCAGCUUUUGAAAAAGCAAUUCAAAUUUCUCAAGAAAUUCUACCCAACGGACCGGUUGGUAUAAGGAUGGCUAAAGCUGCCAUCAAUAGAGGUCUUCAAGUUGAUAUGAAUACCGGAUGUGCGAUCGAAGAGUCGUGUUAUGCUCAAGUUAUACCUACCAAAGACAGGUUGGAAGGAUUGGCUGCAUUUUUAAGUAAACGAUCUCCUAAAUAUAUCGGCGAAUGAUGGAUUCGUAAUUACAACGAAUAUAAUCGUAUUAUUAAUAAUAAGAGAACGGGUCAAAGGGUUUAAAUGUCUAUGCAAUCAUUACCUAUAUUCUGUGAUACUAUUUUGUAUAUUCGACUGUUUUUUUCUUUCAAUUUUAAUAAUAAUAAAUCCAUUCAACAGCAAUAAA